GGCAAUAUGAAGCUGCCAGACCCGAAGCGGAUGCUCGGCAGCAUUUUUCCAAUACUCCAGUGGUCGAAAAGUUAUGACCUCGGAACGGGCGUCGGCGAUCUGAUAGCUGGGAUCACUGUGGCUCUGACGCUCAUACCUCAGUCUAUAGCUUAUGCGUCGCUCGCCGGAUUAGAACCACAGGUAAACUAUGACAAUACUCCACUGGUCGAAGAGUUAUGAACUCGGGACGGGCGUCGGCGAUCUGAUAGCUGGGAUCACUGUGGCUCUGACGCUCAUACCUCAGUCUAUAGCUUAUGCGUCGCUCGCCGGAUUAGAACCACAGUACGGUUUAUACGCAUCACUGAUCGGCGGCUUCGUGUACGGGAUCACGGGCACGUGUCCACAGAUAAACAUCGGGCCCACGGCGCUGCUGUCUUUGCUGACGUUCACGUACACGAACGGCACGAGUCCGGACUUCGCUGUGCUCUUGUGUCUGACGUCGGGGCUCGUGCAGCUGGUCGCUGGCACGUUGCAGCUUGGUUUCCUCGUAGAGUUCGUCUCGCUGCCAGUCGUCUCUGGUUUUACCUCAGCAGCCGCAGUCACAAUCGCUUCAUCACAAGUCAAGGGCUUAUUAGGCCUCAAGUUUAGCGCUGAGACAUUCAUAGCUACUUGGAAGGAACUGUACCGUCAUAUAGGAGACACGAGAUUACCUGAUACACUGCUCAGUUUAGCGUGCUGUAUCCUGCUGUUGGGUAUGAAGGCGCUAAAGGAAAUUCACAUCGGAGCAAAAGACAAUGAAAAAAGUCAAAAAGGGGUGGCUUUCAUACAGAAGAGCUUGUGGUUCGCUGGUGUAUCGAGAAACGCGGUUGUGGUCAUCCUAGCGGCCGCUGUAGCCUUCUUUGUUUAUUUGGAUGUUGGUGACCCAUUGAUAUUGACAGGUAAAAUAACGCCAGGCCUGCCAACACCACAAGCGCCCCCGUUCCACACGACGGUCGGGAACGUUACCAUAUCCGCGGGUGGCAUGCUGGCGCAGCUCGGCUCUGGGCUGCUGGUUGUGCCUCUAGUGGGGAUCAUCUCUAAUGUUGCCAUCGCUAAGGCAUUUUCAAACGGCAAAACACUGGACGCAACACAAGAGAUCAUAGCGCUCGGCAUUUGCAAUGUGGUGGGUGCUUUCUUCCGCUCCUUUCCAGUCAACGGUUCUUUUACUAGGAGUGCCGUGAGCGACGCUUCGGGCGUACGCACCCCCGCCGCUGGAUUCGUUACCGGAAUAAUAGUGAUAUUGACUCUAGCACUACUAACCCCGUACUUCUUCUUCAUCCCUCGAGCAGCCCUAUCUGCCGUAAUCGUAUGUGCCGUUCUACAUAUGGUCGAUAUCGACAUCAUUAAGAAACUGUGGAGGUCGAGCCGAUUAGAUAUAAUCCCACUGCUGGGUACAUUUUUGUGCUGCCUUGCGCUCGGUAUAGAGAUCGGUCUGAUCUGCGGAGUGGGCAUCGAUGUGAUUUUGCUCUUGUACUACAACUCGCGACCACCUCUCGACGUGAAAUAUGUUGAGGAAGAAAAUAUCCCACCACAUUAUUCUAUCCACCCAGUGGGCAACCUCCAUUUUGCUGGAGCAGAAAAAGUGAGAUUAAAGCUCUCUUCGCUGAAAAAUGAUAAUAAAGCAACAUUAAAGCAACUAACGAUCCUACCUGGAGCUAAUGACAGUGUUUUAUCAAACGGAGCUGGGAGCCAGUGCAAUGGCGGUGCAUCUAAUGCGACAGGAAGAGAAAUUGCUGGCCGGAGGUCGAAUGUACUUGUGAUACAUUGUGACUGUUUGUACAGAUUAGACUACACGUUUUUACAGAGUAUAAAGAUGUUAGUGACAGAGUGGUCACGCAGUGGAUGCGUGUUGUGGUGCGACGCGCGUCCUCUAGUUAGAGAUCAACUAAGAACUGUUCUACCUGACUCCGUGUUCUGUGCUACCCAGCAGUUACCAGUAGUUCUUGCAGACGCUAGCUCAUCAGGCGACCACUCAGGCGUUAGUGAUACUCAACUUUAGUGCUUAGUCUAGCUUAGUUUCAACGUAGAUCAUAAAUAACAUUGUUAGGUACUAGUGCUGUGUUAUACAAUUUUAUCGUGUACAUUUCGGCGGCCGAUCGUAAAAUUAGGCCGAUCGCAAAGUUCCCGUGUAAUAUUUUGACGGCAGUCACAUUAAACCAAUAGAUAGGUAGGAUAGGUUCGUUAGGUUGCUUAAGAUGCCUGAAGUGCCCUUCACUCUGUCCAGAAAAAGAGCCGCCGGGGCUCCGUCGACUCGGGUAAUUUCAUGAUCUGCCUGAUUUUACGAUCGGCCGCCGACAUAUAUAAAUUGACUAGAAUUUUAACCAGUGACCAUUAGCGUUAGGAAACAUUAUGUUCUGCUGGGCUAGCACAUGAUUGGCGCGAGAGUAUCUACCCGUCCCCCUUUAAUUCAUACAGUUAGUAAAAGACGGGUAGUCUAUCUCGCGGCGAGAUACUGUCGCGCCUAUCAUGCUCAGCCUACAGAAUGUUAUUGUUUUAGAAAAAUGAAAGGUUCGGCCACGACUUUGGACGAUUCGCGACGGCGGCGGUGACAACCAUAGGUCGGAACGAAAGGUCCGAUCGCUGUGUUCCGCUCCAACCUAUGGUUAUCGCCGCCGCCGUCGCCGGUCGCGCAAAGCCGUGGCCGAGCCGUUAGGAUGUCAGCUGCAUUGCUGUUACGAUAUUAUUGCAGCGGCGUUGACAUCGACUCUGUAUCUGUCAAUUUCCUUUAUAAAAUGUGUGAAGUUCGCCGUCGCAUCAAUUAUGAUGUUCGGACACGUAUUUUACUAACUCAGCGUCUUACGUAAGCGAACGCGAAGCGAAGCGGCGCGGUCCGGCGUGGCGGGCACACGGCGUUCGCGUUCGCAACGAGAUCGCCCAUGUAGGACACUUCUAUAGGUAUCAAAGGAUUGAUUCACCCCGCGCCACAUCGCUUCGAUUCGCGUUCGCGUGUUGUUCGCCUACGUAGUACGCUGCGUAAGGAAAUUGACAGGUACGGCGCCCGCGUCGUUGACAUCUGAAUGUCAUUUUUACAGUAUCCAAACGUUAAGGAUUUUGAAGUCUAAUUUGUGGUUGUGAAUUAUAAGCAUUUACACCGAUCAGUGAUUGAUAUACAUAUUAUUUAGUUACCAUAGUAUUAUACCAGCCAUUAUCACCGAGUAGCGCACGUGAACAUUUUCGGGAACGUGAUUUUAUUGACAGUGGUGUAUCUGUUGUAGUGUGAUGCAAUCUGUGACCUGAUGAUUCAUUAGGUGUGUUUUAUUAUGAAAAAUGUUAAUGAAUAGUUUUAUUACAUAUAUUGAGUUUGAUGUAUUUAAUAAAUAUAAGAUAUCUCUAGGUAUAAAUAUUUUAUAAAAGUCCAUGAAAUAUAUGAUAAAUUAGAUACCAAUCAAAUUAUAGCUUGAUAAUUUGAUACGAAAUAUGAUAAAAUGAUACUGUUUUUUUUUUCUCGUAAGGUAGCUGUAGUUUAUAGUAGUAGUUGUUGAUAUGCAUAGCCCGGUUUUUCAGGGGCAAAAAUGUACCAGUGCUAGUGAUUAAUUAAAUAUGUAUUUACUAAAAAAAACUGCGAUUCCUUGAAGUAAAUAUUACUAAGAGCGUUAGCACUUCUAUUGCCUAUUUUGCUAUCCACUUUAAUUUAUAUUUAUCGCAACAAUUUAAAUCCGACUUCUGAUAUUCGCUCAUUAUGACGUUUUUUUUUAGUAAAUUUCAUUGUAAGCAUGAUUCUAAUAAUUUAGAAUUACACUGAUUUAAACUUUCAAUAAUCUUACACACCCGAGACCACGGGGACAACGCCGUCCUCGAAACGUCAGAGGCAAAUCCUUAAACUUAAUGAUACGCGAUUAAGUCCCGUUUUAUAACUUAGAAUUACACAUGAUUUAUGUAGGUGAUGUGAUACGUUUUAUCGACAUCGACUACUAAAGUAAGUUUUACUUGUCCUCGCACUAUUUAAACGUCAAACUGAAUUGCCCCGUCAGACCGGGUUAUGUUCGUAACCACUUCGUAACCUAGUGUUUCAGGUGGUUUCAGUCCAGUUGUUAUCAAACGAGCGAGCGAAGCGAAGUGAAGUUCUUACAUUCAACUUGGAAUACACGGCCGGCUAGGGGCACGUGCCGGCAUUUCGAUGUUUUUAAGCUGAACUAUCAUAGGAUAGUUUGAUGGACAAUAACCUAAGUAAAUCUGUUCUAAUAUAAACGAAAUUGGCUAGACGUGUAGAUGAAGGCAUAUUAUUUUAGUCAUUAAAUUAUGAGCAGGCUCGAUCAAGGGGUUAUGGAGCUAAAAGAGCGUAGAAGGCCAAAAAGCUAUUUGUGAGGGGUCUUCCUAUUCUGGUCAUCUUAUAUGCAAGAAAGUAUCAUGCUCGAGUUUGGUAUCAAAUGAAAAUACUCUGUUUACACAUUUAGAAUAUUGUUUUUUAAAUUACUGGCAAGAUUUAUAAAAACGAAAUAAAAUAUAGGUACUUAGGUAUUUGACAUUUGACAAGAAAGAUAACUGGUAACCACAGAUACAGUUUAUUUUAAUCUCUAUGGGGAUAUAAAUCUAUCAGUUAAGGGCUCCACAGAUCUUGCAAUAAAUCGCACGCGAUUUUAGAUCCUUUGCCGAGUGGGCUUUUUUUGGCGAACCGCGAGUUCUCAGUUCGGGGCGAACGUAAGUCGUCAGCAUCAAUGCCUAAAUAAUUAUAACUUUGUAUCAACUUUACAUAAUUGCUCAAUUGCUAAUAAUUGUAUAUAAUUUGCUAACCAAUCCGAACGAUUGUUUGGUUAGUUCCUCAUAUUUCACAAAGCAAACUGUGAUCCCACUAAUAAAUCCUUUCUUAUUUUAAAUCUUUUCAUGCGAAAUAAAUACAAGAAUGUGA